AUGUUAACCAAUAGUAAUGUCGCUUUCCGACGAUUAUUUCAUUCUUCAGUUCGGUUAUCUUGUGAAGGAAAGAAGAACAAAGAGGUGAAACCACCAGAAGAGGUUAGAAUUUCGUUUUUCCCAGUUCAAAUUUCAAAUAAUUAUUUUCAGGCGGGAUGGGCUUUCAAUCACGUCGAGAAGAAGAUGGGUAUGUAUAAGCCGAAGCACACAAUUACCGAGCAACUUGCCUACAUGAAAAGCAAAGGUUUUUGUUAUUUCGUAAGGUUUAAAGUUGAAAAUGUUUGCAGCUUACGACGACGCUUACAAGGGCCUUCCUAUUUACCGUUGGUACAAGCGUAACAUAAAGGUUAAUUUUAAAAAUUUAUGAAGCUAAAUUGAAAAUAUUUUCAGGGUCAAUCGAAGCUACAGCCGCCGCCACGACUUUUUCUGCAUUGAUAAACACGGAAGAUUCAAUUUGAACCACGCCUGUCCGGUUAGAAAAAAAUUCCGACAAUGAUAAUAUUGAUGGAAUAUUUAGGUUUGUCGUGACGAAUAUUUGUUCUUCGACUAUAGAAAUCCGGCUUUGAUUGAGCAAUUUCUGGCCGACGGAACUGACCAACCGAUCGAUAUUUUGAAGAGUGGAUUGUGUCGCGAGCAGUACGCUCAGCUGAAAGCUCAACUUUUGAGAGCGAAAGAACACGGUAAAGUUGAUUCACGGUUUCUCAGUUUUGUCAGAGAGUGUUCGAGCUUUUAGCAUCAAUAACAAAUCUCUUUUUAAUUGAAAUUUUAGCCUUCCAUGAAUGAAAAAAGGUUUCUUACAUGCGUGACGAAGGUUAAGAGAACCUCAAUUUUCAUUUCGCCAAAAAAAAAGUUAAAAGAAUGAAUUUCUCGGCCCGAGUCGAGAUGCAUUCCUAAUUAGAAUUUACCAAUUUUCUCAAUUUAUUAUUGUGACUUAUACCUUUUUCAUCUUUUUACCUGCAGAACAUUCCGAAAUUGCCUCAGAUAGAUUUAUAAAAAAUUAAUCAUGAGAGGGAAAUAAAACUUCUCUAUAUCCAAAAAGCGCAUUGGGAAAAUUCUCAGUCGAAGGUCACCUAAUAUUUAUAGGAACGAUUCCAUUUGCUGUGGAUUUCCGAAACUUUGAUUAUCGCCAGUGGUACAAGCAAUGGACGGAUGAGCCAGGCAAACCAGUAAGUUUUUAAAAAAAUAUUGAAAAAAAGUUGUUUUUCCAUUCAUUUUUUUAUUAAUUCAUCGGGCUACGCAAACUAAAAAAAUUAACUGAAAGGUUAGAAAUAUGUUUAUUUUUUUAAAUUCUUUUUGCUUUUUCUUUUUUUGGCCAAUAAGUUAUUUCAUUUUUCGUUAUUUAUUUAUUUAUUUGUUUCACUCAAACACGAAAAAUACAGAGUUCCUUAAAUUUCCUUUGUAGAGUUGUUAAAAAAAUUAAUCCAAAGGCGAAGUCCAAACGACUUCAAAAAGACUUUAAAAGGAAGAGCAUAAACCUCCUUUUUGAGGUUCUAAAAAGGUGUCAAAAGUUUCUCGGAAUUACCUUUUUCCCACCUUUUUCCGCCUUCUUUUUUUUAAAAGGUCAUUUUCAGAAAAAGGUCUAGAAAAAAAAGGCGCCUUUGAGGUCUUUUAAAGACCUUUUUCCAGAAGUCCUUUUUGAGACCUAUUGGGCUUUUUCCCGUGUCAAUUUUUUUGUUUAUUUUUUUAUUUUUUUAAUGGAAAGAACUUCAUAGGCUCCAAAUAGUAUAUCUUUUUUUCAUUUUGUACAAAAAUCUUAUCUUAUCGAGAUUUGCUGAGAAUAAUUUUUUUGUGAUAGGGUGUGAAAAACAAAUUUCAUGAUUGUUUAUCGCUGUUUUUUGACGUGCUCCCGUAUUUUCUUUUCGACAACUUUUAGCUAAAAACUUGGCAGAAUAAGGUUUAUUUCAUGAUUUAUAAUGAAUGUAUAUCGUCUUUCAUAAUUUUUCUUCCAAUCGGUUUACACAGAACUUAGGUUUAAUUUGUCAUUUUUUGCUUUUCAGAAGUUAUACCGUGAAAAUCGAGAAUUGAAUUGAUUAUAUUACACAGUAGAAACUUUCUUCAUUAUUUUUUAUUACUGUGUUUCAAAGUCCUAUUUCAAUCGAAUUCAGGUUGAACGAGCCGGCGUCCGUCUCCAGGACAUCCACCCAGAUCCUCUCGUUUCGUUUCCAACCUUCAAAAACGACAAGGGCAACGACUGGGACGAGUGGUGGCUCCGACACGACAAAUUCGCCCGCAAAGCCAAGUAG